UCUCCCCCGUUCCCCGCUAACCAUCCCCAUCGCAGUCGCCAGAGUCCAGCUGUUGCUCGCAACUCGUUCUUUACAAUAAGCACAAAAAUGUCUGGUUCAAUUGAAGGCAUUUCUUCCCCGUUCGCGAGGCUUAGCUUGCCAACCCCAGAGGAGUACCGUGCUCGCAAAGUCGCUCUCAUCUCCGGUAUCACUGGCCAGGAUGGAUCUUACCUGACGGAGCUUUUGUUGGAGAAGGGCUACGAAGUCCACGGUAUCAUUCGUCGCUCCUCCAGUUUCAACACUGGCAGGCUACACCACCUCUAUCAAGACCAGCACGAACGACCGAACAAACUGAAGCUCCACCAUGGUGAUCUCUCGGACAGCACAAACCUCGUCUAUGUCCUUGCCCAAGUCCAGCCCUCCGAAAUCUACAACCUUGGUGCCCAAUCCCACGUAAAAGUCUCCUUCGAGAUGGCAGAGUACACCGCCGACGUCGAUGCCCUCGGCACGCUCCGUCUCCUCGACGCCAUCCGUACCUGUGGUCUCGAGAAACACGUCCGUUUCUACCAAGCCUCCACCUCAGAGCUCUACGGUCUCGUCCAACAGGUCCCGCAGGACGAGAACACCCCGUUCUACCCGAGGAGUCCUUACGGUGUCGCGAAGCUCUACGCGUUCUGGAUCUGCAAGAACUACAGAGAGGCGUACGGGAUGUACGCUUGCAACGGGAUCUUGUUCAACCACGAAAGCCCGAGGCGUGGGAGGACGUUCGUGACGAGGAAGAUUACGCGCGCUGUAGCGGAUAUCUCGUUGGGCAAGCAGGCGUGCUUGUAUCUCGGAAACAUGGACGCUCAGCGUGAUUGGGGACACGCUCGCGACUACGUCGAGGGUAUGUGGCGCAUGCUUCAGCAGCCUGGUCCUCAGGACUUUGUGCUUGCUACUGGCGAGACACACCCCGUCCGGGAGUUUGUUGAGAAAUCGUUUGCCAUCGUCGGCACGACCCUUCGCUGGGAAGGCUCGGGCGAGUCCGAACAGGGCAUCUGCACAAAGACCGGCAAGACCCUCGUCAAAGUCGACGCCCGUUACUUCCGUCCCGCCGAAGUCGAGCUUUUGCUCGGCAACCCUGCCAAGGCGGACAGGGAGCUCGGGUGGAAGCGGACGACGACCUUCGAUGCGCUGGUGAAGGAGAUGGUCGAAGCUGAUCUGAAGGCGAGCGCGAGUCUCGUCGAGGACCAGAACUAGACGUCUCCCAAACAAACACUCGCUCUCUUGACUCUUGGAUCCUAAACCGGUGCAAAAACGCGAGGAUGAAUACGAGAACGCUUCAUGGACAGUGGGAUGAUCAGCCAGCGGAAGGAAAGGAAUGAUGUGUGAUGUGAAGUGAUGCCGAAACCCAACUAGACGUUGACCUCUUCGACGGACUGUGUUACUCUAAAUGUAUUGGAUACGAUACGAAAAUUCUUUCUUCUGUUUCAUACUUCUCUUGCCCUUCUCUUCAUACACAUAUAUAAUCGAUACCUUGUCUACUCUUGGAUGAACUCG